CUCAAACAGUGAUAACAUUCAGCUGUUCCACCAGCCCACCCUGUUUAUCUGAUUGCUUAUAUUUUGGACAUUAGCAGAUUUGUUGAGAAGUGAAACAGGGGUUAUUGGAGUUUUGCUGUUUCAGGUGGAGAUGCUUCGCUCUCAGGUGCAGAUACUUCUUGUGGCCUUGUUUUCCUCCGGGCUCCUGGUGCAGGUCGGAGGUGCUCCACGCAGAGACAUGCUGGCACUAAGAGCAGACCUCGCAACGGACAAGGAUCUGACUCACUUGCUCUUGCUGAAAUUUCUGUCCGAGCUGCUGGCAGCGAGAGGAGACGAGUUGCUCCCCGAGCUGCAGGAGGACGAGGGAGUCCGGGAGGAGAUGAUGCGGAGACAUCUCCCCCUCAGCCAGAGAGAGCGCAAGGCAGGCUGCCGCAAUUUCUUCUGGAAGACAUUCACUUCGUGUUAGAGCAGCUGAAGUUGGAGUACUUUUGUUUUUUAAAUAUGCUUUUUAAGGAUACAUUAAAUCCCUUUUUGCUCACUUUGUUUUAAAUGGAUCAUUUGCUGCCAAAUGCCAAACAUAAAAGUGCUUUGGUUAUUGUAAUACCAGUAAGGAUUGUAUGUCUUA